GGCAGUAUCUGGCCACGAGAUGACGCUAAAGUCUUUUUUAGAACAAAUCUCAAGCAUCGAUUCUUCUGCAAGUUCUCCACAUUCGCGCGAAAUCCUCCUGAUUACUGUCUACUUUAGAGAUUCUCCUUGACAGCACGAGCGUUUGUUUUCUGCCUCUGUUGAAACCGUGGUUUGUAUUUAUGGGGUUGAUGAGUAUCUCAAUAUAGUAUCAUAAUAACCUACAUAUUAGCAAACCUUAACGACACGUCUGCGCUCGGAAUGUCACGGUUUUUGUCGGCGUUUAAGUCUGAAGUACUGUUGCGUUCUUCUUGUGGUUGUAACGGAGUUUCAGACACUCUCUCGGUGAACUGCUCGGCUGAAUCCACGCGUCCGUGGAGGCGGCGCUUACCGGAGUUCACUAAAGAGCAAACGUUACGUUAGUAAGCUUCAGUCCCGAGCAGUCAGUCCACCUUUGACUCAACGCCAAACAGUUGAGACGAUUUACAUCUAGUUACUAAUUCUGUUAUGGUUCGCUUUCUAAUUGGUUCCGUCCAGUGAUUUCUGUCCUGGCUGUCAUGUGAAAACUGUUCGCCGUCUCUCAGUCUUCAGAGAUGCUGAGCUUUCAAAGCACUUACAUUGAGAUUGAGAAGGACUUCCAAGCACCAGAUUAAAAAACAGCAACAUCUCCCUGUCUCCAUCUACCUCUGCCUUCAGACAUCCAUAGUCCGGUCUCAAAAGAGUAUGGCGUUUUUAAUUAAAAAGAAGAAGUUCAAGUUUCAGAUACACUUCACCCUGGAGGAGCUCACGGCUGUGCCGUUUGUCAAUGGGAUGCUCUUCUGCAAAAUCAGACUGUUGGAUGGUGGAGACUUUUCCAUUUCUUCAUCCAGACACGAGGUUCAGGAGAACUGUGUUCGCUGGCGGAAAAAGUUCUCCUUCGUGUGUAAGAUGAGUGCCAUUCCUGCCACUGGGGUCUUGGACCCCUGCAUUUGCCGAGUGUCUGUGCGUAAGGAACUUAAAGGUGGAAAGGCUUUUUCAAAGCUGGGCUUUGCUGACCUCAACUUGGCGGAGUUUGCUGGUUCAGGCUCCACUGUUCGCUGCUGUAUACUAGAGGGCUACGACACCAAGAACACUCGGCAGGACAACUCCAUUCUCAAGGUUACUAUUGGUAUGACCCUUCUCUCUGGAGAUCCCUGCUUUAAAACGCCAGUGAGCACAGCUAAAAACAUUGCCAUGGCUGGUCAGGACCCCUCUCUGCAGCUGGACCGCAAGGGAGAGGGCACCGCUCACCACUCUGCACCGUCCCUCGGUGGCAGCACUCGUCGAUCAGUCAAGAGCAGACCCUGUGUGAACAACUCUGGAGGACUUCAGGAGGGAUUGGAGGAGAACCUGUCCAGUCCAGAUGAAGUGUUUCCCACGGGACACUCUCGCAACUCUAGCUUUGCCAGCCAACAGAGCAAAAUCUCAGGUGGGACUCAGGGCACGAUCAAAAGAGCAUCAGGCUACAGUACGGAGCACUCUCACUCCUCCAGCCUGACAGAUCUGUCCCAGCACCGGCGGAACACCUCCACCAGCAGCAGCAACACAUCAGGAGGGACGUCCACAACUAUUGAGAGCCCCGUAGAGCCAGAGAAAGAGGUGGUAAAACCAGAGAGACCACCACGUCCUCCACGACCUGCUCUGCCCACAAACAGACCCUCAAGGAGAAAGACGGACUCUGUGGAGAACCAUCCCACAUGGGUGGACGACACGCGCAUUGAUGCAGAUGAUAUCGUGGAGAAGAUUGUGCAGAGUCAGAACUUUGCGGAUUUUAGCAACAUUGAAGACAGCAAUUUAACACUGUUCGUCAGUAGAGAUGGGACCACAGCAUUAAGUGGCAUCCAGCUUGUCAACAGGGUGUCUGCGGGUGUUUUUGAACCAGUGGUGAUUGAGAGCCAUUAGAUUUCCGAGGCCACAGCAGUCACACUCUCACACAGCCACUCUUUAUUUGUAAAUGAUGGCGAGAACAAGACAGGGACUGGGUGUCAGAGUGGGCACCUGACUUCACAACUUGCUCCUCUUAUGGGCCUGACAUAUUACUCGCCUAUUACACUUGUAACACCCUAAUCAUGCAUUACAUUUGCUGAAAAAACAGUGGUGGGUACGUUCAUUGUUCUAUGAUUAGGAAUGAAUUAAUCAUAAUUAUUUUACAGCGGAUUCUGAAAAUACAAACUACUUGAAAUGAGGCAAGAUGGGAGCUUCAGUCUAACACUGUGAAAGAUGAGGGCAGUCCAAAGGUUUUAGAAAGAAAAUUCAGUUCUAUGUUAUACUCAAAUUUUAGCAGCUUUUCAGAUAUCAUUUAAAGUUUUGAAGUGGGAUUAUUUAAUGUCUUAUAUUUCUUUGUGAUGCAUUUACACCCCUGGGUACAUUCUAAUAAUGCAGUUUAGUCGGUAACCAGCCCAUUAGCCUGUGAUAAAGAUGGAAUAAUAUGCAUGAAGUCAUGUAUGGCUGGCCAUACAAAUAUGUCUGAGGCAAAGAAAACAGUUAAGCCAUUCCACCAUAUAACCAAUUUCAGUAUCUCUACACUUGUGCUUGUUUCUCAGAGAUGGGCAAUAGUUUGCUUACAUAUGUUCCAGCUGGCCUGGUCAACAUGAAAUACAAAAAUAUACUUUACUGCCCCCUCUCUUCCUUUCUCUUUCUCUUUUGUAAGUAAAAUUCCCAGUGUAUUUCUAACUUCGUCUGUCAAAACUUCUGUUUCACUCUUCAAAUCUUUCACUUUGCUGCUGAUUUCGGCUUUGAAUAUUCAUGUGACUUUGAGUUUUGGCUCUGAAAGCACUGCCAAGUCAUUUGUGGCAUUCUGUCACUAAUGACUUGUCGGUAUCUACAGUAAAUGUCAUAGCCCAGUGAGAUCCUACAAGGUGCAGCUUAAAUAUCAAGAGCAAUUGUUGUAAAAUGCAGCUGAAUAAUUGCAUUGUCUGCAGGGCGAGAUCAGAGACUGUGACUCAUUGUCACACGUCUGUCCUUGGCAGAGUUUCUGGUGUGCAAUAGGAAACAUGUACAACAGGCAUGACAGUGAAACAGAGUCUGUCAUGCACUGCUUGUUUGUCAUCUAAUUAGCUAUUCAUGAUCUUUGUCAUGGAGAUGAAUCUUUCUCAGUUGAUCUGAGAACAUUCACCACGUUCAAGACUGACGUAGUGGGUUUUAUUCCCUUUUUUGUGUCAGUUGAGAGAAAAGUGCAAUGUGGGCCUGUUGUUUUGUUAAAGCCCAUUUUAAUGAGUUCUUUCAGGGAAUUUAGCCCUAAAAUAUUUCACCUGUCCAGUGGCUUAAAAUGAAACGUUUAAACAAUCACUGUUCACUAGUAUACUGCACAGGUGAGGGUAUUUGUGUUUUAAAUAUAUAUAUAUAUAUAUAAUUUUCUUAUUAUUCAUGCCAUUUAAAGUAAAAAAAAACGAGUCUGUGGGAUCAUCCAGCUGUUUCUCUACAGGAUUAGUCCACAUGUGAAUCAAAAGUAACACUAACUUUUAAAUGGCAAACUAUACAGUAUAAUAGUUAUGUGGCCUGAUGAAGCCCAGUGUUCUGGAUGUUUCUGCUUAGCUCGUUUAAAGGGAUUCUCUGAAGACACUGAAAAACAUAUCUAAGUGUUCUCGUUGUUUACUCUUGGCUUUCUUCUACUCUUACACAAAAAAGCUAUUAGCAACUAAGAACAAUAACUUUAUCCUGUCAUUUUUAUAUUUUCGAGCCAGCAGGCUGGUUCACUGGAAUCUGUUUCAGGGGGAUUUUUUCCCCUUGACCUUGGUGUUAAGUAAUUCUUUAAAUUUGUGAUGAAAUAAUGUCCAUCUGUGGUUCUUGUUCUUUCUUCUGUCUUUCUCGGACAAACACAUUUGAUUUAAGAUGCUGUUGCAGGGAGCAGACUGGGGUCUGUAUGCAAAAGAUGGAAGCAAUGUAAUUUAUAGUUUUUGUACAUUUCAGUAAUCUGGAGCUCAUGUUCUCUUUAAAAAUAAGGUUUAAUCAAUGCACGCACAUUCUGAGGAUUAACGGUGUUGAGCAGCACAGGCUCCAGGAUACUGAAACCUGGGAUGAUAAAUAUGUAAAGUUCACUACAGCAGCACUUAAAUUAUGAAGACUAGCUAAUGUCACACACACAUUCUCCAGAAUCUUUAUCUUCAUCUCUCCUUUACUAUCAUAAAUGAUGAAAGCUAUGCACUUACAGAAAGCUUUCCAUGAUAACAUCCAUAUUAAUGACAGCAACAUUCAGGAAGUAAAAUAUAUUCUGGAGAUUUGUUUAAAAAUAUAUAAAUGCAUAUACCACUAAAGUACUAUGGAAAUGAAUGUAUUUUUCUGAUCGUGACAAAUAUUUAUAUAUUAAGAUCACACAUAAGCAAUGUGCUGUUGUUCCAAAGUUUUCUCUGUCUUAUGUCUGGUUUCAUGCAUCGAGAGGAUACUUUUGAAUCAUAAACCAGCAGAACUAUAUUUCUACACUCAAAUGUGAAUGUUUCUUUCUUUAAUGAAACUGUCAGGUCAGAUUAUCUGUAUGUAUUAUUUGGGGGAAAUAAAGAUCAUGUUGGGUAUCAUGAA